AUGCUAGGGUCAGCUAUUCACAAGAGAUUGUCCUUUGGCCCUUGUUCCCGAAGAAGCAUUUCGAACAGAUUCCAACCGGGUGAUUAUGCCAUCAUUACCCCACUAAAAAAGACAGUGUCCAAAAAGCAGUGGCUUUCGAGGCCCUUGAAAGACCUUCCCAAUGCUGCAGUGAACCUCAACUUUGGAAGGAUCCCGCAUACAGAGUUGAUUGGUGCCACUCCUCUUGGAAAAGUACACACUAUUGAAACCAAGAAAAAACUCGCAAAGUAUACUUGCUCUCUCCCAAGUCUUGAACAGUGGAUAACUUUAUCCGCACGUAAAGCACAACCAAUUUAUUCAUUUGAUGCACAAGCUAUUGUUGCCCUCGCAGACUUACAUAUCGGUUACCCUGAGCCACCGACAGAGGAAGGUGGCAAGAUCACUCCAUUGCAGUACCUGGAAGCUGGUACAGGCCAUGGAAGUUUGUCGCUGGCUAUUUCCAAAGCUUUGCAUCCAGCUAACGCAUUGGCACACUAUGCACAGGAUCCAAAUCUACGUGGUGCAGUGCUUCACACAAUAGACUGCAAUGGAUCGCACAGUGUCACAGGUAAGAGAACCGUGAAAGGUUUCAGAAGAGGGAUGUAUUUAGAUAACAUCGAAUUCCAUGUCUCUGAUAGCCCAAGCGAGUGGGUUUCUUCGCCAGAGGGCCAAGACUGGCUGGAGACGGAACGGGUGAGCAAACAGGGAGAGGCUUUGGAGUAUGAUUCCGACCAGCCUGAUUCCUUCUUAUCGGGUGUCUUCCUGGAUAUGCCCAACUACCAUGGAGAAAUGGUUAAGCUUGCACCUUAUAUCAAGUCGGGAGGGUUUGUUAUUGUGUUUUGUCCAAGUAUUACACAAAUCAUUGAUGCAAUAGAUGCAAUUGCCGAAGAAAAUGUCAGGUUGUCCCAACUCGACCCACCUACAUCUUUACAUUUGGAGCACGAACGUACCGUUCAAUUAUUGGACGGUGCCGGGGGUGGGUUGAAGGAGUGGGAUACGAGGCGUACCUUGAUCAGGGCCACUGGGGAAUUCGGAUACUCAGUCCGUCCCAAAGUGGGGGUUAGAUCUGUUGCCGGUGGUUUUGUUGCCAUAUGGCGAAAGAUGGGGAGAGAGGUCAAUUUGGAAUUAGAGAGGGAGCUGAUGGAGAGUUUCGAGGGGAAACCUGAUUUAAACGAAGAAUUGGACAAUGAAUCGGAAGUGGCGGAUGUUGCAGAAGCUCCUGAGGUUGCAGAAAAUGCAGAAACAGUAGCAACAAAUCUUGUUGAGGAUGAUGUUGUUCAGAACACCCCACCUGUAGAAUCAUCUAGUGCUUCCAAGUCUGCCGACACAAACGAGUCCAGGCUCGCAAAAGCUAAACUGUUUGCCCCGGACCUGUUGUCAACUGCACCAGAGGUGUUUGAAGAUGCAGAUCAAAAAGACGAAGAAUUUCUUGCCGAGGGAGAGAACCAAGAAAUGGUUGACAAUAAUGUUAAUGCCGGUUUCAAAGUUGAAGAAGCAACUCUGAUACCUCAUUCAGUGCUGAGCACUGUAUUCCAUUCCUGCCAUGGUGAUCCCGACGUCCACGUCGGAUACAUCAGUGACGUUUUCCUCAUGGCCACUCCAGCACCAGAAGGUUUAGAUGCUGCCGACACUAAUACACCAACCUCCCCAAAUUCGGCUUCCCUUGCAACACCAAACGAGCUUGGUUCAACAUCAGAAUCCGUGAUAUCCGCUGUGGCUGAUGAGGAUCCUUCUCAAAUUGAUGAAAAGGAAAAAACUACACACGAAGAGUGGAAACCAAAGGCAUGGAAAAGGCACACUUUCUAG